AUGGAUAGACAAGGAACCGAGGACCGCCCGCCACUACCCAGUCAACUUUUGUUGUCCGGUGUGCUGCAAUCCACUGUCCAAGCUCGUGAGAUGCUGGAUGACCUUUAUCAGGAGGCGCUGCCCUAUAUCUCUGCUCCCCUUGACGUCCCGCCCAAGCAGCUGUCUGUUGACAGGAUCUCAAAUAACUGGUCUCAGCCUCCUGGUGAAAUCGAACCUGACAACAGAAACAAUAUCUCGGAUUCUGGGGCUACGACAGAACCUUUGGCUCAUGAGGAGUUGGAGAAUCUUCCCUAUUGGUAUCGGGCGCAGCAGGUUGGAAAGAGUCUUAAGAUCUGUCAUGUUGAAAAAGUGUGGCAAAAAAAUAAACAUGUUCACCGUGUGCUUUAUGUCGUGGAAACAUAUCUCCCGGACAAUUGGCUCCCCGAAAAUGCGAGGCUCCAGCUGCGGAAGCAAGAGGAGAAACAAAUAAGGGAGGAGGUGGAGAGGAAGAAGGAGGAGAAACAACAAAGGAAGGAGCUAUGA